ACUUUAUAACCGAAGUAAAGUAUAAUCAUGUUGUUUGCAAAAAAAAAUAAAAAAAUACACUGUUGGAAAACGUUACAUGGUACUGGAGAGAAGAGAUAAAUUAGGAGAAAAUUCUAUUGUCUAAAAGUGGACAAAAUAAUGCACGGAAUAAAUUGUGUAGAAAGAAAGUUUUAGUUUACUUACAGCAUUACAUAAUGAAAGGCUUAAGUUUCUAACAAAUGAAAAUAACUUUAUAACAAAAAAUUGAGUUAACUAACUAAUCAAUUGUGUUAAGGCACCUAUAGUAAUGAUGACUAAUAACCAAAGUGGUUAUAAAAUGAAUGUCAUGUUUGAAUGUAAAAACCAAACUAAACUAUAUCCCUUUAUUCACUUUUGUUCCCUUAAAAGUUAGGCUUGUGCUACAUCAUUGGAGUACAUAGUGUUCAUUUUUAGUGUCUCUGCAAAUAUGAGUGAGGAUCUGAAGAAAACCGCCUGUAAUGGCCAAGAGAAAAUGUUAGCAGUAUCACUGUCACAAGAGCAACAGAAAAAGAUCAUUGAGGUGAGAAAGUUGUUAGGAACAUUAUCAGAUAAAGAAUCUGUGUAUUGUUCUGAUGCAUCCAUUUCAAGGUAUUUGAAAUCACAAAAUUGGAAUGUGAAGAAAGCAUCUCAAAUGUUGAAACAAAGCCUAAAAUGGAGAAAGGAGUACAAACCUGAAGAGAUCCGUUGGGACGAGGUUUCUAAUGAAGCAGAGACAGGGAAAAUAUACAGACCAAAUUAUUUUGACAAGCACGGAAGACCAGUGCUUAUAAUGAGAACAAAUCGCCAGAAGUCGAAAACAUUAAAAGAAGAAAUUAAGCAUUUUGUUUACUGCAUGGAGAAUGCAAUUUUAAAUCUUCCACCUCACCAAGAACAGGUGAUAUGGCUGGUUGAUUUCCAUGGUUUCAAUUUGUCAAAUGUAUCAUUCAAGAUGACACGUGAAGUUAGCCAUAUAUUACAAAAAUAUUAUCCUCAGCGCCUCGGAUUGGCAAUCAUGUAUGAUGCACCUGGGAUUUUCCAACCAUUCUUCGCGAUGGUAAAGGUCCUGCUUGAGCAAGAGAGUUAUAAUAAGGUAAAGUUUGUUUAUUCUAACGACCAAAACACAAAGAAGAUUAUGGAGGGUUUGUUUGAUAUGGAUCAACUUGAACCUGCAUUUGGUGGGACUGAUGACACAGAAUUUGAUAUAAAUAAGUAUGCUAAGAGAAUGAGAGAGGAAGAUAACAAGAUGCACUCCUUAUGGACAAAGGCAAACCCUCUAUCACCAGUUUCACAGAAUGUUCCUUCUGAAUCGGUCGGGUUAGAAACAGAUUCUAAUGCUUCCAACAAUGACAAAAUAUCAAGUUCCUCUAUUCCUAACCCUGAUAAAUAUAUCUUGGUUAAUCGUCAGGACAAAAAUGCUGUGGCAUUAGCAUGAGAAUUUACUAUAUAGAUCGCUAUGAAAGUGACGAGUCAACUGUAAUGCAGAAUGAGCUAUGAUAUUCUAAUUUGAAUCCUAGAUUUAAGAUACAUGGUUUACACUUUAUGUUGGAAUUAUGAUGGUAAAUGAUUUUACCUUGUAACUAGUUUGAAGGCUUUUGACCUUUAUAAAUAAACAAAGACUACAUACUUGCAUUCAGCAGAA